CGGACUUCGGGGGUACCAUUUAUCAUGACCAUUUUGACCAAUCACCAAUGUUAAAUGUACUAAGUACUUCAUUAAUUCAAAUUAUAGUAGUGAAUCGUGUUUAUUGAGUAUACUCUUCGACCUUUGACCUAGAUAAGAUUAUACUUUUCUUUUAAAUGGGUGAUAACGGAUAAAGAGCGUGGUAAUAAGUGAUAAAAGCGUAAUGCCAAAAUAACCACAAAAUCAUAAAUUAUUUUUCCUGGAACAGACGCCAAAAACAAGGAUAAUCAUCCGAUCGCGUUUGUUUGCAGCAUAUUUUGUUACACCAUAAUUCUAAUAAUAUAAGUUAUAAGAGUUAACUAGAAUCAUAAAGAUCAAACGCAGUAUAAUCGUGAAGUGAAUAUGGAUAAAAAAUUAUCACUCAAGGAACUUAUGACCGCCUAUCAGAGAUGGGUUAUUAAUAAUCCAUCUUUGGUAACAGACGUAGAAACAGUGGCGACGUGGUCCUCCUAUUUUAUUGCUGGUAAGAUCAAUAAAUCACCUAUCGUUUCAGAACUUGUAUAUGCAUUAUCUAAACUACUUUCCUUAUUUAAUGACAAGAUUAUUAAUGCUGCCUAUGGCAACAAUGCUUCCCAAUUCAGUUUACAAGAACAGAUAAAAUUAUGGCUCACAAUUGUCCAUUAUUGUGAAGUUUUUGUUGAACUCGCUGUAAAAUACAAGUGUGGUACUCGUGGAAAGUGGACAGCAGCAAUAAUAAUACAAAUGUUUAAAUGUUCGUCUGCAUUGGUAUUGCUCUAUAGAUUUAAAGAUAUACCUAUACAACAUCCCCCAAUACCAGCAUUACAACGAAAGAAAUUUACUGAAACAGUUGAGUCUGAAGAUAAUAGAGAUGCUUCAUUUACCUUAAAAAGGUCUGGUAGAGUUAUUCGUAGGGUGGAAGGUGCACCCCCUAUAAGUCUUCGUGAUUGGCAACCUAUAAAAGUGGAAGACAACAGCAUUCCGUCUGCUAUUGAAAUAAGAGAUUUGAAACAUGCAGAGUUAAUACAUAUAUUUAAACCAAUAGUACACCUUGGUGCAAUGAAACUAUUUGGUACUAAAUCCUGGAAGCAGUGGCUGAUUGCUUUGGGAUUAGAUGUUGCUAGUUUUCAACUAUACAAAAAGCACAUGAAUGAAAUAACCUAUGAGCAAAGGUUAGAAAUAAGUAGAAGAAAGUUAAGUCUGGUUUUGUAUCUGUUGAGAAGUCCUAUGUAUAAUAGUUACUCCAAAAGGGUUAUUGAAAAUUUCCUUGAAUCAACUUCCAACAAAAUACCAGCAAUGUCUUUUAUUUGUCAACCUAUAAUACAGUAUUUAAAUCAUUGGCAAGAUAUAUACUUUUAUAUGUGGGCUAUGUGAUGAAUUUAUUAAUUCAUCAAAUAU